AUAUAUAUAUAUAUGUAUGUAUGUAUAUAUGUAUUCAAAUUCCAUUCAAACUCUGGCCGGUCACUUUAAAGACCCCAAAAGAAGAAAAAUAAGAAAAGAAGAACUUCUUGCUAGUCAGUCCAUGGAUGCCGAAGCUUCACCGUUUGAGAGCAGUGAGACAGUUGCGAGUUUCUUGGCAUCGACUCCCUUGCUGAUUGAGUCAUGGAGGCUAUGCAGCGUAGCAAACACCACUCCCGGCGCUGCUUUCGUAUCCCAUCAAAUCGGAGACGUCGGAUAUUUUGCUUUAUCCGGAGAAGAAGAUCAAUGUUUGAGUUUCAGAAAUUUGGUAGCGUUGGAGAACGCCGGCCACGGCCUUUUUCCACCAUUAUCCAACAACAACAAUAAUAAUCAUAAUAAUAUUAUUAAUGGAGAGGAAGAGGCCGUCAUGGUGCAUGCAGGGCUGCUCAAGCUCUUCGUGUCUCUGCGCUGCUCCCAAACUUUCCAAGACCAGAUGUCGGCCCUAACAGAGAAAAGCAAGUCCAUUGUGAUCACAGGCCAUUCUAUAGGAGGAACAACUGCCUCACUCUGUGCUCUCUGGCUCCUUUCUUCCCUCCAAUCUGUCUCUUCCACCCCUUCAGUCCUUUGCAUUACCUUUGGAUCACCAUUGCUCGGCAAUGCCUCCCUUUCGCGAGCAAUCCUCCGAGAAAGAUGGGGUGGCAAUUUUUUCCACGUAGUUUCCAAGUACGACAUCAUGCCAAGACUACUCCUUGCUCCAAUUGAAUCAUGCAGCGCUCAAGUACUGCAUUUCUUACUACAAUGCUUUCAGCACUUUCGAAAUCUUGGUGUUCAUGUUCAACUGCGCGACGAAGAGAAAGCUGCACUAUCCAGCUUCGUGUCAGCUUAUUUGCGUGCGUCAUCAUUGCAAGAAGGAGAAGAGAGAGAAAGCAGCAGCAACAUGUCGUAUUGUCCAUUUGGGAGCUACUUGUUUUGCUCACAAGAGGGCGCUGUGUGUGUGGAGAAUGCAGUGUCUGUGAUGACAAUGAUGCAUUUGAUGUUUAUGCCAGCUGAAGCUAAUCCAAUGUGCUGUAUCCAGGAUCAUCUCAACUACGGAGAUUAUGUUGACAAGAUUUCUUCACAGUUUCUGAAGACAAGCUUCAUGCAGCAGGAUGAGCUUCCAGAAUCAAGCUACGAAGCAGGGGUUGCAUUGGCAUUACAGUCCUUAGGAAUAAAUAGCCACGAACCAGCUGCCGCACCUGCGAAAGAGUGCCUAAAGAUAGCAAGGCGAUUAGGACGUACCCCAAGUUUGAAUUGUGCUAAUUUAGCUGUUCGGCUCUCCAAGUACACGCCUCACAGAGCUGAAAUCGAGUGGUACAUGGCAUCCUGCGACGAGUCUGGUGAGCAACUGGGGUACUAUGACGCCUUCAAGCAUAGGGGCUCCUCAAAAAAGGGUAACAGGGUCAACAUGAACCGCCUCAUGCUUGCUGCAUUUUGGGAUGGGGUGAUAAAAAUGAUGGAGACAAAUGAGCUGCCUCACGAUUUUCACAGGCGAGCAAAAUGGGUAAAUGCAUCCCAGUUUUACAUGCUCCUCGUUGAGCCAUUGGACAUCGCAGAGUACUAUAGAACUGGAAUGCACCAUGUCAAGGGUCAUUACUUGGCGCAUGGAAGAGAGAGGAGGUUUGAAAUAUUCGACAGAUGGUGGAAGGAGAGAAGCAUCAACGAUCAGAAGCAAAGUAGAAGCAGAAGCAAGUUUGCAGGUUUGACUCAGGAUUCGUGCUUCUGGGCAAAGGUGGAGGAAGCUAGGGAAUGGCUUACUAAUUUUAGAAGUGAGACUGAUACAAGGAAGCUACAUUCUCUGUGGGAAAGUAUCAAUAACUUCGACAGCUAUGCAGCCGGUUUGGUCCAGAGAAAGGAGGUCUCUAAAGACGUUAUGGCAAAGAACUCAAGCUACAUGAAAUGGCUGCAAGAGUUGGCAGAUCUGAGAUCGCAGGUCCUUUGAACCAUUUCCUUGCAUCCAACAUCCACCAAAGCAUUAUUAGCCCCAAUCCCACACUCAAACCAGCAGGUGCAUAGUCGAAUGUAUUCCAAAUAACUGGGUAGAAGUCGGGAGGAGGAGAAGAAGGGAAGACCGAACAGAUAUUACAAAUCCACAGGAAGGCAACCAAGCAAAUUGGCCUUCUUGCUUUCUCCAAAUAAAAUCGUCCAUUUUCAAGUUGCUUGCCAGCAUUACCAAUCUUGCAAAGAUUGGAACUGCAUAUCCUCCUACCCAUCUAAUUCCAUGUACAUGUCGAAGUUUUGGCAGUGACGACUAGAUUGACUCUCAAAAUUGGAAGUCCGAGGAGAAUGCAGAUAUUCAGUCUCUGUAGCUAAAAGUUGCAGUUUGGAUGUUCACCGAUUAGUCAUACCGAUUCAAACAGAUGAUAUAUUUGUUAAGAAGUUUUUCUUUUC